GUAGUUUUGGAGUUGGCAAAAAAAAAAAAAUAUAUAUAUAUAUAUAUAUAUAUAAAAUUUCAUCACUUUCCUUUUCUAAUAAAAAAUAUCAGUAUUGUGAAAUUACGAUUAUGAUGUCUUCUUCUUCCGUUGCCGUUGCCGAACCCGCCGGGAUGAUAAAGAAAAGCUACCAUCGUCAGAAAUCUCAGAGAUUAUGGGCAAAGCUGGUGAUGAGGAAGUGGUUGAACAUAAGUGCUAGAGAUCCUGACUAUGGUGCUGAUACUGAAGACGAAUCCGAAAACGACGACGUUGGAGAUGAAAACCAAGACUCCAGCUCCGAUGAAGAUGGUGAAGAAUCGAGCUCGCAAAGAAAAGAACCGGUUCAAUCAAAGGUUUGUGAGAACGCUGAGGAUGCCAUCGCCGCUGCUUCUGCCACCGUAGACGCCGCCGCCGCAGCCGCGGAGUUUAUUAAAAAUGAUGCCCCAAUGAAGUUACGGAGAAGAAAUUCUGAAACUUUAAGAGCACAAUAUAUCAACAACAAAGAAAUAAGAGUAUGUGUUGGGACGUGGAACGUAGGAGGAAUCUCACCGCCAUCUGAUCUUGACAUCGAUGACUGGAUCGAAAUUAAUCAACCUGCUGAUAUAUACGUUCUUGGGUUACAAGAGAUUGUUCCUUUGAAUGCUGGGAACAUACUAGGAGCAGAAGAUAACCGACCGGUUACAAAAUGGGAAGAAGUGAUCAGAGAGUCACUGAACCGAGUCAGACCGAAAAACUCGGGUGUUAAGAGCUACAGUGAUCCACCAUCUCCGGGAAGAUUCAAACCUUUCGAGGAAACGCACGAUGUUAUAGAGGGAGAAGUCGCUUACGAGACUGAUAGUGACGCUGGCGUUGAGAUUCACCCCAUCGACGAGGAAGAAGAAGGAAGCCUCCGGGUGCUAAAACAUGACGGUGGAGUUAUAGGAGAAGUCAACACCUUCGUUGACCCGAGUUCCGGUUUGCCGGUUGUUGAGAUUAACACACAGUUCUCUUCUUCUAAGAAGCUAGAGAGACAAGUAUGUUUACGUUCCGACAGCUUAGAGAAGAGGAGGAAAGAAGAGGAGGUAGAUGCCGCUGAACCCGGUAUAAACCGGAGGCUAAGUGGGAAAGAAAGGAUCGGUUUGAGCUGGCCUGAGCCGCCUUUGAACAUGUUAGGACCUUCUUGCGUUCUCCUCGAUAGACAGCCGUCGUUAAAGACAACGAAGUCACUGAGAACAGUAAAGUCUUUCAAGGCGUACAGUUCGUUUAAGUCUGUAGCUGGACACGCCAAUGGGAUUCCCCCGGAGGUAUUGGCAUUAGCUGAGAUGGACUUGAAGUUGUUGAUGGAGAGGAAACGAAGACCGGCUUAUGUGAGGCUAGUGAGUAAACAAAUGGUUGGGAUUCUUUUGACUAUUUGGGUUAAACGAAGUUUGAGAAAACACAUUCAAAACGUUAGAGUGUCUACCGUUGGAGUUGGCAUCAUGGGUUAUAUUGGUAACAAGGGAGCUGUGUCUGUGAGUAUGUCGAUAAACCAGACGUUCUUUUGUUUCAUAUGCACACAUCUGACGGCAGGAGAACGAGAGGUUGAUCAGAUUAAGAGGAACGCUGAUGUUCACGAGAUACAUAAGAGAACAAUCUUUCACUCUGUCUCGGCUCUUGGACUUCCCAAGCUUAUCUAUGAUCACGAAAGAAUAAUCUGGUUAGGCGAUCUUAACUAUAGGCUUAACCUAUCUUAUGAGAAAGCCAGAGACUUGAUCUCCAAGAAAGAGUGGUCCAAUUUACUUGAAUAUGAUCAGCUGGUAAAGGAGUACAAGAGAGGUCGAGCAUUUGACGGAUGGUCAGAAGGAACUCUACAUUUUCCACCGACCUACAAGUACCAAGCACACUCCGAUGAGUACACUGGGGGAGAUGGGAAGGGGACGCGGAGAACACCAGCUUGGUGUGACAGAGUAUUAUCUUACGGCAAUGGAAUGAAGCUGGUUCACUACCGGCGGACCGAACAGAAAUUCUCAGAUCAUCGUCCGGUUACAGCGAUAUACAUGGCUGAAGUCGAGGUGUUUUCCGUGAGGAAGCUUCAGCGAGCAUUGACCUUUACAGACGCAGAGAUUGAAGACGAGAAACUUGUGGCCGUAGUCAUUUAGAGAAAAAAAAAUUAGAAAUUGAAAUUUGGUGCUUGCUUAUUCGUUUUGAUCUAUGCAAAUGAAAGUACUGGCGAACCAGACACUUAUAUACUGCAAUGUGCUGAUAUAAAAAUAAUAAAAAGUUUAGACAA